UGCGGCGGUUGCGGGGCCAGCAUGGCGGGCUGCCGGCGGUUGAGCGGCCCGAGCCUGCGCGAGGUGCUGGGCGAGGCGCAGGGGGUGCUCUUCGACUGCGACGGGGUGCUGUGGGCCGGGGAGCGGGCCGUGCCCGGCGCGGCCGAGCUGCUGGAGCGCCUGAGCCGCCACGGGAAGGCCGCCCUCUUCGUCUCCAACAACAGCCGCCGCUCGGUGGCCGAGCUGGAGCGCCGCUUCUGCCGCCUGGGCUUCCGCGGCGUGCGGGGCGAGCAGGUCUUCAGCUCGGCGCUCUGCUCCGCGCUCUUCCUGCGGCAGCGCCUCCUCGGGGACGGGGUCGCCGGGGGGGACCCCUCCGCCGCCGCCGGCCCCGUCUUCGUGCUGGGCGGCGAAGGGCUGCGCGGGGAGCUGCGCGGCGCGGGGCUGCGCCUGCUGGGCGAGGAGGAGGAGGAGGCGGCGCGGGGCCCGGUGCGCGCCGUCCUCGUCGGCUACGACGACCAGUUCACCUUCUCCAAGCUCUCCGAGGCCUGCGCCUACCUGCGCGACCCGCAGUGCCUGCUCGUGGCCACCGACCCGGACCCCUGGCACCCGCUGAGCGAUGGGCAGCGCACUCCGGGAACUGGGAGUCUCACUGCAGCAGUUGAAACAGCAUCUGGGCGCAAGGCGAUGGUAGUUGGGAAGCCAAACACAUACAUGUUUGAGUGCAUUGUGGAGCGCUUUGGUGUGGAUCCGUCCCGCAUGCUCAUGGUGGGUGACCGGCUGGAGACAGACAUCCUGUUCGGCAAGAACUGUGGCCUCGAUACGGUCUUGACCCUGACAGGUGUUUCACGCCUGGAGGAGGCACAGGCUUACAUGGCCAGCGACAGCCCCGCUGCAAAGGACCUGGUGCCUCAUUACUAUGUGGACAGUAUUGCAGACUUGAUACCAGGCCUGGAUGAGUAAGAGGGAAUGUGGGUGGACAAAAGGUCCUAGUCCCUUU